CGUGGUCAGAAUGAAAUUUUUCAAUGUCAUUUUACAUCUGAAUUAUGUAUACAUAACAACUACCGUGACGUCAGACACUUGUGGGUGAUUUCAAAGACUAAGAAACAAGUAUUGAGGUUCUGUUCAUAUUCUCGAUUGGUGUUCGUUAGACUUUAUUGAUGGAAAAUGGCUCAAUGUGUACCUCCUACAAACAGUGCACAAGAAUGUGAAUUGAGGACAUCAGAAAUACCGACUCAACAAUUCAUCACCACCAAACUUAGCGUAGAUGAAAUAUUGAAUAAGUAUGUUGGAGAAUAUGGAGUUUGGCAAUGGAGUAUUGUGUUGCUAAUAGUUUUAAGUUCUCCUCUAAUGGUAACGUUACCUGUAUUUGUUAAUGCAGUACCUGACCAUCGUUGUCGGAUGGAAGAUCCUAUCGAAGAAAUAUUCAGAGAAUACAAUUUAAGUUUUGAGGAAGCCGCUGCAUUUGUGGGUCCAUGGGAAGGUGAAAUUCCUGUAACAAUGAUGGGUUGUCUGAGAUUUGCAUUGGACUGGAGCAAUACAACCCUCAUCGAAAACCUACUUUUGAAUAAGUCGGUUGUUUCAUUUAUCGAUCGUGAAUCGUUGAAAACUAAAGCGUGUGUCAACGGUUAUGUAUAUAGAAGUAAAGAGUUCCAAUAUCCCAGUACUGUGGUAGCGGAAUUUAACUUGGUUUGUGAUAAGAGUAUGCUUUCGCCUCUUGGAACCUCUCUUUUUAUGGUUGGAAUGUUGUUUGGAUUCAUUUUCGGUGGUUAUUUUGGUGACAAAUUCGGCAGACGAAACGGUGCAAUUGUAUUCUCUAUCAUUGAAUUAUUUGCAGCGGUUGGUGUUUCCUUAGCCCCUAAUCAUCAUAUCUAUCACCUGAUGAGAACAAUUGUUGGGUUUUCUAGUACAGGAAAAGCCGUCCCCCUACGCCUAUUACCAAUUGAGCUAACUAAUGCCAAAUAUCGAUCAUAUUUCACAUCGUUCAUUGUUUUGGGAAUUGUAUUUGGACAUCGUGCUAUAAUGACUGGAAUAGCUUAUUUGGUACGAGAAUGGCGUCUUCUCAACGCCCUGUCAAUGAUACCAUGUCUCACAUGUUUCAUAUACUUUUGUCUUUUACCGGAAUCACCACGAUGGCUAUUAUCUCAGUAUCGUGUUGAAGAAGCCAUCACAAUAUUGAGAAGAGGGUGUCGUAUCAACCACAUUUUGAAGAAAGACAAAUCAAAAUUAUCACAAUUCGACAAUUACCUGAAAGAUUUAAACAAAAACCAAUCUCAUAUGGGAAAGUUAUAUGUCCAUAGUGAACCUAUAAGUGUUUCUGAACGAUUUAUUAAUUUAUUUAAAUCAACCAAGAAAAUUAUUUGUUGUAGACGAAUGAAUAAAGCACUCAUAAUAUGUGUUCUAAUAUUUACGAUGCAUUCGCUUGCCUUUCUGGGUAUCACACUAUUUAGUAAGUACAUCAAUUAUAAUGUUUAUAUAGUAACUCUUAUCAAUGCAUUAACUGGCAUUCCAGGACCAAUUGCUGCAAGUGUAGUUUAUAGAUGUUAUAAGUAUAGACGAUUUCCAUUAAUGUGCACAUAUGUAAUUUCUGCUAUAUUAUUAUGUAUUGGUGGUGUUUAUACAGUAUUAUGGGAACCACUGACUGAUAAUGUAUUGAAUAUAUUCUGUAAUGGUGCUCUUAUUAUGUAUUCUGCUUCAACGAUCAUGCUAUCGAUUUAUUGUGCUGAAUUAUUUCCAUCAUAUAUGCGUUCAAGCGCUGUAGGCAUAUCAAAUGGUCUAGGUAGAAUCGGUGGGAUCAUUUCAACACUUGUAAAUUAUACUGAUUUUACUUUUAAACAUGGUACGCCUGUACUGAUUUAUUCCGGUUCUUCAAUGCUUCAAGCUUUCCUACUAUACUGUUUACGUGAUACAAGCGGUGAAGAUCUUUCUGAUGUUGACAAAUGCAUAGAAUCUGCAACUGAUGAUCAUGUUCAUCAAAAUGGAUCUAAUAAAAGUAUUGAUGCAGGAAGAGAAGAGUUUGUAAUCAAUUUGAAAACAUUAGAAGACCGAAUAAAAUCGUCACCAACAACUGUAACUAAUCUCUAGUAUUUUCACAUUUC